AAUGCAGCUUUAAAUAAUUAGUCAUUAGUUUGCGUUUGAUUGUCAUUACGUUGGUGUCCCUCGUUGCCACUCCUUCAAACAGUCACUCGUGGGAAUUCCGCUUCACUUCCUCCACGAACGAGGAUUACGGGAGCGCGCGUCGGAAACGCGUCCGUUCUCGUUCACACUGAGAGCUGACGUCAUCACACCGAGGGUCUCCGGAUCGCAGGUGCAUUCCUGAACCUGUCUGUCUCUCGUGCAGUCUGUGUUCAGCUCAUAUCAGGAAUAAUCCAAAGCAAUAUAGACGGACUGCGCGCGCCUGCACGACAUGGGAAAGACUCGAACCCUGAUCCUGCUGUGGGCCGCUGUCGGUUUAUGCCACUGUAGGGUGGUGACGGUGCCUAAGGGCCCCUUGCUCCGUGUCGAGGGCCAGCCGCUGUCUCUUCGCUGUGAUGUAUCAGACUACGAGGGCCCUAAAGAGCAGGACUUUGAAUGGACAGUAACACGAGGGACUGAAACUGCUAAUGUGAUUUCGACAUUUGACCCCAUGUUCUCAGACCGCUCUCUUGAGGACCGCAUACGCAGUGGGGACAUUAGUGUGAUGCGACUGGGGGACAAUGUAGUGGAACUGAGAAUCAAAGAGGCUCGGGUUACUGAUAGCGCCACCUACAGCUGCAGUACUCCAAGCACAGACUCUGUUAUUAAUGGAAACUAUGAUGCGACUGUCCAACUGCAAGUUGUUCCUAAUAGUCUAAUUGUGGCACCUGAGGCCCCAAACCCUGUUGUUCCUGAGGGUGGAUCCAUUAGGCUCCUUUGCAACGUCUCUCAUAACUUCAUCGAGGGAAUUUACUUGUCUGUUACCUGGUCGGUCAUGAAGGGACCAUUUCUAUUGAAGGAAUUAAUCACCUUUGGUCCUGAUUUGGGUGUGACGGUUGGAGACAGCUCCAUGCAACGCUACACAGAUGGUGGAAUCCGUCCAGAAAUGGGAAAUGGAGUAUCACACAGUCUUGUGCUCUCCGGAGUGCUGCCGGAAGAUCAGGGGAUGUAUGUGUGUGCGGCCGGACUGUGGACGAGGCAGCAGGGCGUCUGGGACAGGAUUCAGGAGAAAUCGGUGGAGAUGGGGGAAGUUGCCGUCACCCCUACAGCGAACUCGCUCACUGUUCAAGUCCAGGACAGCACCACGUUGUCUUCAGGAGAUACUCUACUCCUCACCUGUUCGAUUACCACUGACGACGUGCCCACAGUUGACCUGGAAGUUACGUGGUUGUUGAAUACCACCCGUGUGUUGGCGCACUUGGGUCGUGACGGUGUGCUGGCCAACACGUCUGAUGUUGUGGAAAUGAGACGUUUGGGGAAAUGGGAUUUCCAGAUAAAGAUACACAGCACAGACAUGUCUGACAUGGGACUCUAUUCGUGUAAAGUGAGCGCGUGGAUACAGCACAACGGUGGGCGAUGGUACAAGGCCGCAGAGAAGAUAUCUGCCCCCGUGCGAGUUCACGUCACUAAGCAAAAUCCAGUUUACACUGUUGUUCUUGACACACCUGUGACGGCAAGGUUCUCAGGUGACCCCACAGAGUUGGAAUGCAAAGUUACGAAUGUCUCCAACCUUCACCGUGCACGGCUAGGUGUGUCGUGGUUUUACAAAGGAGCCCUGCAUGGUGACGACACAGCAGCUGCUCAAACUAUUGCAUCAUUGGAUGACAAUGGAACCCUCGUUCCAGGCAAGUCGUACAGGGGACGCAUAGAGGCGGGACUUAUUAUUGUGACCCGAACGGAACCUUACACGUUCAAGCUCCGCCUGCUGCACACAACAGACGCGGACGCUGGAGAAUACUCUUGUGGAGUCACAGCAUGGAUUCCAUCUCGUCAUGGGAAUUUGAAAAAAGUUGCGGAGUUCCUGACUCCUGCGCUCAAAGUCAGCUUUGCUAAAAAGCCAGGUGCUGUCAUGGGUGUAGUGGCCCGACGUCUUCGAGAAGCGACGGCUGCCGGAUCUACAUUUGAGAUGAGCUGCCAGGCCAACACUCAAAACCUCCCGCAAGGAUUCGGCUUUUCCAUUCUCAUCUUAUCCGAGGAGGCCGUAGGGUCGCCCAGCCGCAAACUUGCCUCUCUGGGUCCUGACAUGGUUCUUCGAUUGGAGGACUGGGGUGAACCGGGUCGACGGGACAGCCUGAUGCUGGUGAAGAGCGGGAAGAAGGAGUUCCAGUUUCGUAUUCAAGGAGUGCAGGUGACCGAUCGGGGGUUUUACUCGUGUGAGAUGAGAGCCUGGACGAAGCAACCCGGUGAAGACUGGGUGGAGAUGGCCAAAGGAGUGUCCAAUAAGGUUCAGAUCGCUUUUGAGCACAGAGGUCCAACAUUUGAUGUGUCCAUCGAUUCAGACACAACGAGUGUUUACCCCUGGGAAACCGCCAAGAUGGAGUGUGAUGUGAGCGUUACCGGCACGCCCCCAGCUACAGAUGACGUAGCGUAUGAGAUGAAGUGGUUUCUGAGUCGACUGAGGGGUUCGAACAGCCCCUCGCUGCUAGCCAGUAUGGAUCGCUGGGGCGUCGUGCACAAAAUGCCACGCAAUGACAGCAGCGAUUGUAGCCUGGAGCGUAUGGGACCCCAAACGUUCACACUAAACAUCCACAGCACCCAGGACAGCAAUGCCGGCGAGUAUCAUUGUACCGCCACGCCGUGGAUACGAUCAACCACAACUGGGGCCUGGAGCAAAGCGCCAGAUGUGACAUCAAAGAGAGUCUUCCUGAAUGUGAAGUUUGCAUUGUGGGACUCAAUGAAGCUGCCUUUGCUGUACGGGAUCUGUGCUUCAGUGACUGUGGGCGUCGUUUCCCUCAUCCUGGGUCUGAUCUGUGCUCACUGCUGCUGUAAAAACACAACACCUACUCCACGCUCUCGCACCAAACUCAUGGAGCUGGAGAUGGAUUGACAAACACAGUAUCCAGAUAGCUGUCCCCUUCCCAAAUGGACACCAUAGUAACAACUGAACAAACUAACGAAGCUUCAGAGACUAAGUUCCGUAACAUUUUUAAUGUGUGACUGUAAGGGGCGACCGUAGGAAAUGGGAGUUACACUCUCAGAGGAAAUAACUACUGUAAAAGCGUCAACUGCCGGGGCGAAAUUACAGACGUAUUGCACUAAACGUAUUGUUCUAUCAGCAGGAACACAUAAUUUUUUGGAUUUAAAGACAUUUCUUCUAUGUGACCCAUUUUAAGAAGUGUUUGACAAGAUACCUACCAAGAUCCAAGCAUGUUUGUCAAUUGAAGGAUUAUUUUACACUACAUCAAUGCUCCAUAGAGCCUAUCACCUUUCACAUCAGGGUUGAAGACACUAGUUUAUUCUUUUUAGACAGUUAGAAGUAAGUUAUAAACUUCAAAGACACUACUUUAUACCGUGAUUCUUCUAAAUAUGGUGCUACUCUCCUUUUGUAAGACAUUUGGAAGAACUGUGAGUAUUGUGAGCUGAUGUUUUUAUCUGUGAUUUUGUGACACAAUGUUAAUGUGUUGAUCUGUAUGCACUGUUCAAUCUCUGUCUAAAUGAUCGGUCGAAAUUGACCGUGUUAUUGAAGGAAAGUUUGACUGAAUGAGCAACUUGUUAAUUGCUAUGGUUAUGGUUAUGGUAUUGAAAUGUUGACUUGUAGGCCAGGAAACAUAUGCUACGCAAAGCAGUCACGAAUGUUGGGCUAAGACAUUGCAAACGCCACGUUGAACACAAUGCGUGUUAUAGCGUUACUGUGCCGGUAACAAACCUCAGUACACAAGGGGGCAAUAUAGUUUCCUUCCAAUGCGAUUAAACUGUUACUAUUCAGGUUGCUAGCUAUAAACAUGCCGACUGUUUAUAUGUCGACUAACUUUAAGUUGUGGACAUACAUUGCUCUAAAAUAUUUAAUCAGCUAGAUAUAUAGAGCAAAAUAGUGCCCGACCAAAAAAAAUCCAAUGUAACAUAGUUGACAGUGAAAGUAACAUAGUAGAAAAAGCAAUAUCCUGCUUUUUUCACAAAAUACAAUGACACCAUUUACAUUAGAAGAUCUCUGUUGUAACUUGCAAAGGAACGAUAUCUAGUUAAUUUUGUAAAAUCAAUGAAAUGUCCCUUAAUCCCUAAUCAUCAUGAUUCACAUGGACAUGGGUAAAAUAAGAUAUUUUCUUUACUAAAAUGUCAAACUCAAGCUAAAAAAUACUAUUUUUCUGAAGUGUUUAGAAGUUAAAAAUAAAUAAAAUAUAGAUAAUGUUGACAUUAUUAUCUUUUAUUAAUUAUUUUGAACUUAAGACCCACUCACUUCAAGAACGGACAAUGCAAAAACAAUUGAAAUGCAAUUUCAAGCUAAAUGAAACAUGGGGUGCACUAGAUAUUUGUGUGAUAUUAUAACAUGCUUUCCCUUAAUGGAUAAAAUGGGAUAUUUCUGAAGAAAAUGGUUAAUAAAUAUAUAAUUAUCAUCAGAGGACAUUGAAUGGACCCUAAAUUAUAGAAUGAGCCAUAAACAAAUAUAUAAGUAGUUUGAGAGUGUAGGGAGAGCAAUUCGAUUGCGCCAUUCACGGAAGUGGGCGGUCGCUGCAGAGCUCUUUUGCUGCACUUUGUUUGCCUCGAUUCUCUGAUUGGUGGAAACUUGCUAAAAUAGAGUAAAAAGAGUAAAAUCAUACUAAAGUCUGAUUUGUAAGCAAAUCAUUCCAAGUCGAUUCUUUUCAAUGAAUCGGUUCACAGAUCAGUCUGAAUGAUUCAUUAGCUACUCUGAUUUUGUCUGAAUUUGAAUGGUUUUCAAAAAUACUUUUCUAGUAAUCACCAAUGACUGCAAAGGUCAUGGAAAAGUCGUGAGAUUUCAUUGGUCAAAAUGGGUGGGAACCAAGCGUUUGCAUUCAUAUACUUGCGUGUGACUUUGUUUUGGCUCAUUGACUGCUAUAGGGUUUAAUUAGGAUGGACUUGUGCCUUGGGCCUGCUCUUAAAGGCCCACUAACAGCUUGGCUCAGCAUUUUGUACCUCGGUUUCAUCACAAAGCAAGUAGAGCUGAAACUUAAUGCCGUGCAUUCGGGUCAGGAGACCCCCUGAAACAAACACUCCUCUUCUCUGAACUCUCAAGGGCAUUUUCUGCUUUGUCUGCUUCUGAGGGGCUUUGUUGUCACUCCUAACAGCACUGAAAGACUAGGACAAAAAAAUCUACUGUCCAUUUGCACUGUGAAUCUCCCCCACAGAUCACAUGAAAGAGCCCUGAUAGUGGAUAUUUACAGUGCAAAAUAUCAAAAAUGUCUCAACUUGGCCUAAUAGUUUUCACGUUGCUAUACCUGUAUUUCUGCAAAAUAAUUUUUACGUUGCUUGUUAAAAGUGUCAUGGCAGUUUCCUGGUGAAAUGAACACUAGAGGCGCUACUACAACUUUGACUUUCAUUCACUUUCACUAAAAUAACGAGUAAAACGGCAGAUUAUAAGUUCAUCAACAAUUACAUUUCACCCUGUUCCUCACACAAUGCUAUCUUAUGACAUCAGAACACUUUUACUAUCACACAUGACUCAUUUUUAUAUAGCGCCACCAAGAGGUAGAGACGCGUAAAUCCUGAGGAAAUGAGUUUCCUCAGGAUGACACCAUACAUAAGUGUACCAAAUUUGGUGAUAAUAUCUCACUCUGUUCAAGAGUUAGAACCAUUUUAGUAAAAGUGUUUCCUCACACUAUGUACGUUUUGGUUUGUGACGAUGAAUUGAAAGUUCAAAAUUUUUUUGAUAAUUAUUAAUAAUGGGACUCCAGAGAAUCCUUCUGCACUGGUUUGGUUCCGAUCAGGCGAACGGCCUAGGACUAGUUCAAAAAUGUGUUUUUGCAAACAAUCCAAAAUAGUGGCAAAACGAGUGGACAGAGCUAAAAUUUGACGGGGGGCAAAUAGGCCUACCAAGUUUCGUUCCGCCAUUUUUAACCUUGUCAAAUAGCUGCUAAAAGUUUAUUGGUCAAUGGCGACCAUGUUUUUCAAGAUAUGCAGCUGUCCUCAUAGACCUUGAUGGCACCUUGGACAAAGACACUGCAUGCAAAAUUUCAAGUUGAUCGGACAAACGGUUCCAUAGUUUGAUCCAUUUUUAAAUUGUAUUAAAUGUUUGCAUUACAUAACCAACUACAUUUACAAGCAGGCUUGAGUGUAUUCAUUUUGCACGGUAGCUCAACUGAUGAGCAUUGCACUUGUGAUGUAAAGCACCGGGGUACAAGUCCUGAAGAGCACGCGAGUCGACACGUGAGUGAAAGUGUCACAGAAGCACCACAAAAUGACGCAGUUGCGUAUAUAAUGUCAUGUUUAAUUUUUCUGACACUAUCGGUUUGGUUUAGGUUUAAGGUUUAGGGUAGGGAGGUCGGUCAGUUUUGUUGAUUUAAAACUCGAUAGCACAUUAACCUUAAAAACCUCAUCUGUUUAGGAGAACAUUUAACUCGCUUUUAGCGCCACACAGUGGACAUUUCACCUCGAAACUGCCGUGAUACGUAUAAAGAAGAGCCAUUUAAUGUAAUUUUGCUAAAAUGUCACCAGUUCUGGCUGAAAAGGUUCACUCAGUAAUUGUUCAACUUUUAAACAGGAAAAAAUGAUGCAAAAUUGUGUCAAGACUUAAAAUAGUCUUUCUCAAAACUUUUAUAGAUGUAUUUUAUGCUAAAACAAACAAACAAAGAAAGCUAUUUGCAAACAGUUUUCUACCCCAUAUGUGUUUUUGGACAAUGUUUGGCAGAGCUAAACUAGAGUUGUGCCCAGAUAAAUCUGGUUUUAGAUGUUUGUGAGAGAUAGCAGACAGAAAUAGCACAUUUAAGUGGUCGUCAUUUUUAUUUGUAUAGCGCUUUUCACAACACACAUUGUUUCAAAGCAGCUUUACAGAAAAUCAAGCAUUAACAGAAAAUGAAACUGUAAUAUCUAUAGAGACAUCAUUGUGUAGUUUGAUUAAAUAUGAUUAUAAAUUGUGUAUAAAAAUAAAUAAUUAAAUAAUAAUUGUAUUUAUAACCCCAGUGAGCAAGCUGAAGGCAACUGAAGGAACACAAAACUCCAUAAGACGUUGAUUAAUGGAGAAAAAUAACCUUGAGAGAAACCAGACUCACUGUGGGAGCCAGUUCAUCUAUUUACAAUAGGUGCAUAUAAUUAUGUUGUUGCUAUAGAUUAAUGUUAUUUGUUUUUUGUAUAAAACUAUUUUUUGACAUACAGACCAAAAGUCUGAAAUCUGUGAAAAAGAAUAUAUAUAUAUAUACACUACCGGUCAAAAGUUUAGGGUCACUUACUCAUUCUUUAUUAUAUUUUUUUUUCACAUUUUAGAAUAAUAGUAAAGUCAUCAAAACUAUGGAAUAACAUAAAUGGAACUAUGGGAAUUAUGUUGUGACUAAACAAAAUCCAAAAUAAAUCAAAACUGUGUUAUAUUUGAGCAUCUUCAAAGUAGUCACCCUUUGUCUAGAAUUUUCAGACAUGUACUCUUGACAUUUUCUCAAGCAACUUCUUGAGGUAUCACCCUGGGAUGCUUUUUAAACAGUAUUGAAGGAGUUCCCAUCUAUGUUGGGCACUUAUUGGCUGCUUUUCUUUAUUAUUUAGUCCAAGUCAUCCAUUUCAAAAACUUUUUUUUAUUUUUUUUUUAAUUAAAUUUUAGAUUUAUAAUGAAAUAAAUUAAUAUGGUGGCACAAUUAUAUUUUUGUGUACAAAACUAAUUUCAAACAUUUAAGCAUACACCUUCAGAUCAAAAGAUUUUUAAGAUCAUGAGAAACAUUUUAGUCAAGUGUUUCAAAACUUUUGACCGGUGUGUGUA